AAAAGUUAAUGUGUACUAAUGCAUAUGCGCACGAGACAGAGACACAUGAGAAACGUCGAAUCAGCGCAUGCCGAUAGAGUCCAAAAAUAUUUCGCGAUCUCAAUAGUGUACUGUUGUGUUGUCUUUCGACUGUCGUGGACAAUUGUAUUGUCAGAAUCUUUGUUGAUCAAACUAAGAAAAAUCAGAACUCAUUCAUUCAAUGUCUCUUUGAUGCACCGUCGACCUCUUUUUUCGGAACAACUCUGCAAUUAAAUUGUUAUUGACUAAUUUACACAAUGGACGAAGAAGAAUGUUGGGAUCCUGUUGAAAAAACAGAUGAAGUACCACAAUCAGCACCAACUCAAGUUGGUUCACUUUCAUUAAAACGGUCUGAAUGUUACAAAUACAGUUAUGAAGCUAAAAAUAGCCCUGCGAAUAUUGAAGAUUGGGCAGAACCACCUACCUUUGGAACCACCAGAAAUAAUCUUUUUAGUGGUUUUAAUUCAAGAAAUUCAUUCAACCAAGAAGGUGGUAAACCAAUCAGAACAAGGGAUGAAGAUCGGUCUGACAGAAGGUUUAAUCCAAUGAAGUCAAAUGGCUUUAAAUCAUCUAAUUCAAAUAAAUUUUCUGACUGGCCACCUGUUCCUCAAGACUGGGAUGCACCUAAAGAUACUAAUCCAAUCACAGAAUCUUGGGAUGAUCCUCCUGUAAAUAACUCUAAAUCCAAUGCUUUAAAUACUGAAGAAAGCUGGGACGAUGAUGCAAGUGCCCCUGCUACUUCAGCGCCAAUAAUACCAAUGUUUGUACCUGGUAGCUCUCUUGACAAUUCUGUAAAUAGUCAAAAAGGAUCAAUGCAGUCACCUACUCCAAAGCAGCCUGCAACACCCUCGUUCAAUUCUAAUCAAACAUCUAAUAAUGAAGAAAAUUGGGAUGACGAACCAAGUUCCUUCGAAAAACCGGCAGAAAUACCUACAUUUACCCCAACACCAAUCAAAACGAAUUUUCAAAAUAAUAGUAAUGAUGAUAAUUGGGAUGAUGAACCAAGCUCUUUUGAUAAACCUGCAGAAAUACCAACAUUUACCCCUGCACCAAUUAAGACAAAUUUUCAAAAUAAUGGUCAUGAUAAUUGGAAUGAAUCCAACAAUAGUUUGAAUAAAUCAGUCCCUACAUUGAAUAAUUCAUCAAAAAAUUCAAUGGAAGAAAGUUGGGAUGAUGAAGAACCUUCUCUUAAUCAAUCGGCUACUUCUGCUGAUCUUCCUUUCUUCCAACCUAAUGCAUCAAGUAAUGAUUCAGCUAAUGCAAAAGACCAAGAUGAUCUUUUCCCAUCUUCAGUAGGCUUUGGAAGUACUAAUGGUGAAGAUAGUUUUAGCAGUGGAAGAUCAUUCAAUUCUAACAGACAAGGCAAUCGAAGUUUUGAUUCUGAUAGAGGUGGUCGCAGUUACAAUUCGGGAAGACAUAAUCGAGACUUCAAAGAUCCUUUUGUUAGAGAUUCUCGUGAUAAUAGAUUUAAGGCUUAUGAUAAACAAGAUAGAGGUGAUUGGCGUGGUGGUAGAGGUGGCAGAGGUGGAAGAGGUGGAAGAGGUGGUCGAGGUGGUAGAGGUGGUUAUGGAAGAGACAGAGAUAGUUAUGGCUCAUCUUAUAAUCCACGAGGCAAUGAUAGUUGGGGUGGUAAAUCAUUUGAACAAAGCUCAACUUUUCCUCCCCUUGCCUCUACUUCAUUUAAUUCUGAAGAAAAUUGGGAUAAUGAUUUGAAUGAAACCACAAAAACAUCUGAUUCAAGUGGUGUUUCAUCUGGUCCAACUGGAUUAUCUUUUACUCUACCACCAGUACAUACUCCAGUACAAGAAAAUACUGAAUCGUGGGAUUAAACUAUGAUUAGAUACUCUGUAAGCGGACAUUGAAAUUUUGUAUGCAAAAAUUGAUCUUAUUACUAGUGACGUUAGUAUUUUAAAGAUACAAAAAUCCUAAGGUUGUCAAUUGAUAUUUCAUUUGAAAACAGAGAAAGCGAAUGAUCUUGAAUGCCUGUAACAAAGAAAUUUGAGUAUCACUUCUUCAAGAGCUUAUUCAUAAUCUUUUCUUGCACCAGAUGGUUGAGAUUUCUAUUUUUAUGAUAUUUAAAAAUUGUUACUAAAUAUCUGACAUAAAAAUUAGUAUGUUAGAUAUAGAAAAAAAUUUAAGAAAAAAUGACAAAUUAUUUAGAAUGAUUAAGUGCAGAUAAUCUAUGAUCUUAUCAUUUUGAGAAUGAUAUUGAAAUAAUGUUGAACCUCAAAAUGCUAAUUUUUUGAGUAGAAUCAAGACAACAACAACAGUAAAAAAGUAUUUUCUAUAAAUAUUUAAUAAAACCAUAGUCAUAUUUACAUUUUGUAUCGUAACAAUAUUUUCUAUCAACAUAUAAUAUUCAAUGUACCAUACAGAAAUGAUGUACUAGUUGUAUAUGUGUCAAAUUAUAAAUAUACAUAUUUUUUCAUGAUUAUGAAUUCAUUGGUAAAUCCAUUUAACAAAGAAUGUAAGAAAAGAAUUAACAAAAUAAAAUUGUUAAACUACUUAAA